AUGGAGUUUGUAUUGAGUGCUUCUGUAUGUGGGUGACAAUAAUCAUGAACUUUAAACCUCUUUUUCUCUUCCCUUCUCGCUCUCUUCCGCUCUCUCUCAGGCACGUCAGAGAGAGAAGAUGAAUGAAGAACAUAACAAGCGUUUGUCUGACACGGUGGACCGUCUGCUCACUGAAUCUAACGAGAGACUGCAGCUCCACCUUAAAGAACGCAUGGCAGCACUGGAGGACAAGGCAUGGCCCGCCACACACACACACAGACACACACACACACAGACACACACACACAGACACACACACAUGACAUACUCACAAGGACUAUAGUGAUUCCCAAAUGAUAGCUGAACAGUGAUGUCAUAUCCUUUUCCUGUUGGUUCCAGAACUCCCUGAUCCAGGAUCUGGAGAACUCCCAGAAACAACUGGAGGAGUUCCACCACACCAGGGUGAGUCAGGGCCUGGACACACAACACAUGAACAAUCCAACAGGCAUUCCCUCUAUCCCUCCAAAGUCAUAUUCAUUUCUACUUUUCUCGCACAAGAAAAAUUGAGGACAAAUUAUGGAUAACCACAAACCACUGAGGUUGGAAGAGAGUUGAACUGUUACAAAUAUUGUGAUUGGACAUUGAUGUUGUUCUAUUAACAAUCCCACAAUUCCUUUCUUCCUCAGGAGCGUCUGAUUGGUGAGAUUGAGAAGCUGCGGAACGAGAUCGACCACCUGAAACGCCGGAGUGGAGUGUUUGGAGAUGGAUCACACCCACGGUACACACAGACAGACAGACACACAGACAGACAACAUACACUAUACACACACACACUAAUCCCACACUUGUCCCAUACUAGCACCCUGUACUGACCAGGUCUUCUGUUGUGUGUGUGUGUGUGUGUGUGUGUGUGUGUGUGUGGUGUUGUGUGUUGUGUGUGUGUGUGUGUGUGUGUGUGUGUGUGUGUUGUGGUGUGUUGUGUGUGUGUGUGUGUGUGUGUAUAGGUCUCACAUGGGCAGUGCCAGCGACCUGUGUUUCUCAGUGGUAGAGGGGCAGGAUGGACACUACAGCUCUGCUGUCAUCAGACGGGCACAGAAGGGGCGCCUGGCAGCGCUACGGGACGAACCCAACAAGGUAACCACAUACACUCACUCACAUACACUCACACACACACACACACCGCACCCACACACCUGUGCCAAACUUGGUACCCUCCCCUGUGCCUGUGUGUCCAAUUUCUGUGCCCAUCAAGCUCUGUCAUGAAACCCCACAUAUCAUUUCUUCCUCUCCACAUAUCCCCCCUCCCUGUCCUCACCUUUUUGUAUUGUCCCCCCUCCUCCUGCCUCCCUCUCUUCCCCUCCCUCUCUUCCCCUCCUCUUCUUCCCCAUCCCCUCUUCCCCCUCUCUCUCUUCCCCUUCUCCCUCAUGCUGAUGAUCUGAUGGCCCUGAUGAGGGAAGUUACACAGUACUAUGGUGAUAGUUGUUAAGCUUACACACCACUGCAUUUGUCCCUCAUUGCAUACAGCUCUCACCUAACCAAUGCUUCUCUCUCUGACCCCUGCCACCUUGGACAUACUUCUGUGUGAUGUAAGUGGUGUUUCUUUAUCAAAACGAGUGUUUGGAAAGUGUUUACAUAUGAGGUGUGAGUGUGGAUUUGUUAGGGUAUCUGACUUUGUUUUUACUUGAUGGUUGUACUGUGUGAAUGUUUGUAACGGUUUUGUUUUGUGUUGUCUCUAUUGUUACACGUGUUGUUCGGUAUUGGUAACAGUGUGUGUGUGUGUGUGUGUGUGUGUAUCUACUGUACAUGUGUGUGCGAUGUGUAACAGUGUGUGUGGUGUGUCUACCCUACAGGUGUGUGAGCAGGACUACUCGUCUCUUCGCGGCAGCGUCAGUCACCUCCUGGGCAGUGACAUGGAAGCGGAGUCAGACCUAGAUGAUGAUGUUAGCUCCGCCCUCCUGUCACCUAACGGCCAAUCAGAUGCACAGACUCUGGCUCUGAUGCUGCAGGAGCAGCUGGAUGCCAUCAAUGAGGAGAUCAGGUAAGAGAACACACAAACACAUAGUUAUUAUGUAGUUAUUAUGUGUGUAUGAUGUAGAUAUUAUGUGUGUGUAUUAUGUAGUUAUGUGUGUAUUAUGUAGUUAUUAUGUGUGUAUGAUGAAAUUAUUAUGUGUGUAUGAUGUAGUUAUAAUGUGUGUAUUAUGUAGUUAUUAUGUGUGUAUUAUGUAGUUAUUAUGUGUGUAUUAUGUAGUUAUUUGUGUGUAUGUAGUUAUGUGUGUAUAAUGUAGUUAUAAUGUGUGUAUUAUGUAGUUAUUAUGUGUGUACUGUGUAGUUAUGUGUGUAUUAUGUAGUUAUGUGUGUAUUAUGUAGUUAUGUGUGUAUUAUAUAGUUAUGUGUGUAUUAUGUAGUUGUAAUGUGUAGUUAUUAUGUGUGUAUUAUGUGUGUAUUAUGUAGUUAUUAUGUGUGUAUUAUGUAGUUAUUAUGUGUGUAUUAUGUAGUUAUUAUGUGUGUAUUAUGUGUGUAUUAUGUAGUUAUUAUGUAGUUAUUAUGUGUGUAUUAUGUAGUUAUUAUGUGUGUAUUAUGUGUGUAUUAUGUAAUUAUUAUUUGUGUAUUAUGUAGUCACAGAUAGAACAAUGAGCCAGAUGUUUCACCAGAUGUAAACAUGUGAAGCAUGUGGUUGGCAUUUCCACUCACCACCAAAUAUGUGUGUACUGUGUAGUUAAUGUGUGUAUUAUGUAGUUAUUAUGUGUGUAUUAUGUAGUUAUGUGUGUAUUAUGUAGUUAUGUGUGUAUUGUGUAGUUAAUAUGUGUAUAUUGUGUAGUUAUUAUGUGUGUAUUGUGUAGUUAUUGUGUAGUUAUUAUGUGUGUAUUAUGUAGUUAUUAUGUGUGUAUUAUGUAGUUAUUAUGUGUGUAUUAUGUAGUUAUUAUGUGUGUAUUAUGUAGUCACAGAUAGAUAUAAACAUGUGAAGCAUGCGGUUGGCAUUCCCACUCACUAACAAAUAUGGUGAUGAGAGGAAGCCCAGUGGCCGGCAGUGGGAGAAGUGGAGCGAGAUGGAUUUUGGCUGACAUUCAGCACAUUUUCUCAUCGAUGAAACAUUUGAGCGCAAUACAGUUUUCUUUUCCCAAAACUAAAAUCAGUUACGAAAAUGAGUGGACUAAGUUUUGUACCCUUUGCCAAAGUUUCAAAAAAUUGCGUCGUUUAGAAGGAGUGAAAGGGCAAAUUGAGUUAUUGCACACACGCACUUCACAGAGUAGGCGUUCCCUAACGGAAAUAUGCAAAUACAUGCUACAACGCGCCAAUAGGAUCUCGCUAGCUCGUGCUUGGCUCUGUCCACCUCCUUGCUUGUUCUGCCCACUAUAAUUAAUUUGCUCUCAUUGGAAACGACAGGCUGUGGUCUAUCUUGGGUUUGUUAUAAAAAUCUUUGAUGUAGUUAUCAUGUCUCAUCCCACUGUACUCUCUCUGUGGUGUAGGAUGAUCCAGGUGGAGAGAGAGUCUGCUGACCUCAGGGCAGAUGAGAUAGAGUCUCGUGUGAACAGUGGGAGCAUGGACGGACUAAACGUUACACUCCGCCCCCGAACCAUGCCCACUUCAGCUACCGCCCAAUCACUGGCCUCCUCCUCGUCCCCGCCCACCAGUGGACGCUCCACUCCCAAACACCAUGCACACAACGCAAGCCACCAGCUAGGCAUCAUGACCCUGGUGAGACACAAAAACACACACACACACACACACUGAACCAUCAGAGAGGACUAACCUGAAUGCACAUUUGGAUUGAUGUACUCACAAUGUUUACAAUGUAAAAGAAAAAGUCACUCCACUGCUGCUUAUGCAUUCUCUCUUCAGUAACUCCAGUAACUGGUUUUGAUUAUAUGUCUAACACCUGGUUGUGUCUAACAAUGUGUGUGUGUGUCUGUGUGUCUGUGUGUGUGUCUGUGUGCCUGUGUGCCUGUGUGUCUGUGUGUCUGUGUGUCUGUGUGCCUGUGUGCCUGUGUGCCUGUGUGCCUGUGUGUCUGUGUGUCUGUGUGCCUGUGUGUCUGUGUGACUGUGUGCCUGUGUGCCUGUGUGUCUGUGUGUCUGUGUGCCUGUGUGCCUGUGUGUCUGUGUGCCUGUGUGUCUGUGUGCCUGCCUCCCGUCUCUAACAGCCAAGCGACUUAAGGAAACACCGCAGGAAAAUAGCAGUAAGUCUGUUUCCUCUUCAUCUUAACCUGACAAAACUAAGAGAGACAGUAUAGUUCCCAGCUUUGCUCCCUUAGAAUACAACAGAUAUUUGAAUAGAUUUGGGACGUACUGAAAGGUUGCGAUAGGAAGUACAUGACUAUUCCCACUGGACAAGGUGAAGUAUCACAGCCUCUGUGAGAAAGGGUUUGCUCCUAUUGGAAGCCUACUGACCCAGGUAAAGUGGCUUCACUCUUUUUCACCUACCCUCCUCUCUCUCUCUCUCUCAUUACCUCUCUCUCUCUCCCCCUCCUUCUCUCUCUCUCUCUCCUCCAGUCUCCAGUGGAGGCCCGUGAGGACAAGGCUACUAUCAAGUGUGAGACGUCUCCCCCCUCCUCCCCCCGCAGUCUGAGACUGGAGACCAACUUCGCCCAACUCACUGGCAGUCUGGAGGACGGACGAGGGUAAACACACACCCCCACACUUAUUCAUUCAAACACUCACUCUCACAUACUCCCUGACUCUCUCUCUCUCUCUCUCUCUCUCUCUCUCUCUCUCUCUCUCUCUCUCUCUCUCUCUCUCUCUCUCUCUCUCUCUCUCUCUCUCACCCCCUCGGUCUCUCUUCCACCCCCCCCCCCUCUCUCUCUCUCUCUCUCUCUCUCUAUCUGUCCCUCGCUACAGGGGUAAAGCAAAGAAGGGCAUCAAGUCGUCUAUAGGUCGUCUGUUUGGGAAGAGCAAGGAGAAGGGCAGGAUGGAGGGAGGAGGGACUCUGGGGAGGGAGGGACAGCCUCUGCCAGCCCUGAUGCCGGGAGGUAACACACCCAUACCUUUACCUACAUCACCAUUACUUGUCUUGCUUAGGCUACUACUAUAUGUUAAGGGAUGUGUGGGUGAUGCUGUGUCUGUUGUGUGUCUGUUGUGUGUCUGUUGUGUGUCUCAGUAGACUUUGAGAUGAGCAUCGGAGACACCAUGACUCUGGGCAAGCUGGGCACACAGGCAGAGAGAGACCGCAGGAUGAAGAAGAAGUAAGAUCUCUGUCUAUCUCUCUCUCUCACACACACACACAUACAGUCGUGGUCAAAGGUUUUGAGAAUGACACAAGUAUUGGUCUUCACAAAGUUUGCUGCUUCAGUGUUUUUAGAUAUUUUUGUCAGAUGUUACUAUGGUAUACUGAAGUAUAAUUACAAGCAUUCCAUAAGUGUCAAAGGCUUUUAUUGACAAUUACAUUACGUUUAUGCAAAGAGUCAAUAUUUGAAGUGUUGACCCUUCUUUUUCAAGACCUCUGCAAUCCGCCCUGGCAUGCUGUAAAUUAACUUCUGGGCCACAUCCUGACUGAUGGCAGCCCAUUCUUGCAUAAUCAAUGCUUGGAGUUUGUCAGAAUUUGUGGUUUUUUGUUUGUCCACCCGCCUCUUGAGGAUUGACCACAAGUUCUCAAUGGGAUUAAGGUCUGGGGAGUUUCCUGGCCAUGGACACAAAAUGUCGAUGUUUUGUUCCCCGAGCCACUUAGUUAUCACUUUUGCCUUAUGGCAAGGUGCUCCAUCAUGCUGGAAAAGGCAUUGGUCGUCACCAAACUGUUCUUGGAUGGUUGGGAGAAGUUGCUCUCCGAGGAUAUGUUGGUACCAUUCUUUAUUCAUGGCUGUGUUCUUAGGCAAAAUUGUGAGUGAUCCCACUCCCUUGGCUGAGAAGCAACCCCACACAUGAAUGGUCUCAGGAUGCAUUACUGUUGGCAUGACACAGGACUGAUGGUAGCGAUCACCUUGUCUUCUCCAGACAAGCUUUGUUCCGGAUGCCCCAAACAAUCGGAAAGGGGAUUCAUCAGAGAAAAUGACUUUACCCCAGUCCUCAGCAGUCCAAUCCCUGUACCUUUUGCAGAAUAUCAGUCUGUCCCUGAUGUUUUUCCUGGAGAGAGGUGGCUUCCUCGCUGCCCUUCUUGACACCAGGCCAUCCUCCAAAAGUAGGUGCAAAGCAUGAUGACGGCACGUGUUUCCUUGCAGGUAACCAUGGUUAAUAGAGGAAGAACAAUGAUUUCAAGCACCACCCUCCUUUUAAAGCUUCCAGUCUGUUAUUCUAACUCAAUCAGCAUGACAGAGUGAUCUCCAGCCUUGUCCUCGUCAACACUCUCACCUGUGUCAACAAGAGAAUCACUGACAUGAUGUCAGCUGGUCCUUUUGUGGCAGGGCUGAAAUGCAGUGGAAAUGUUUUUGGGGGAUUAAGUUCAUUGUUAUGAUCACUCUUCAUAACAUUCUGGAGUAUAUGCAAAUUCCCAUCAUAAACACUGAGGCAGCAGACUUUGCGAAAAUUAAUAUUUGUGUCAUUCUCAAAACUUUUGACCACGACUGUACAUACAUACAUACACAUACAAGGUUAACUGGUUGUGUCUCUCUGACAGUUGGAUUGUGAAUAACAUUUUAGAAGCUGUGAAGACCUCUCUUUCUUUCGCUCUCUCUAUUUAACUAUCUCUCUCUCUCUUGCUCUCUCUCUCUCACCUGUCUCUAUGUCAGACAUGAGCUACUAGAGGAGGCCAGGAGGAGAGGACUGCCCUUCGCCCAGUGGGAUGGACCCACUGUGGUCUCCUGGCUAGAGGUAUAACCCCUGACCUCUGACCCCUAACCUCCACCAAAACCUUACCCUAUACCUUACCCUAUACCUUACCCUAGCACUAACUUUAACCUGCAGUAUCAUCACCUGGAGUGUUAUACAGUGUGAGAUGAUGAUGAUGAUGAUGAUGAUGAUGAUGAUGAUGAUGAUGUUCUCUCACACCUCUCCAGCUGUGGGUGGGUAUGCCCGCCUGGUACGUGGCAGCGUGUCGAGCCAAUGUGAAGAGCGGUGCCAUCAUGUCGGCCCUGUCGGACACAGAGAUCCAGAGGGAGAUUGGCAUCAGUAACCCCCUGCACCGCCUCAAAUUACGCCUGGCCAUACAGGAGAUGGUCUCCCUAACCAGCCCCUCUGCCCCGCUCACUUCUAGAACGGUACUCACACACACAUACACUACCAGUCAAAAGUUUGGACACACCUACUCAUUCAAGGGUUUUUCUCUUUUUUACAUUGUAGAAUAAUAGUGAAUACAUCAAAACAUGUAGUAACAAAAGUUGAACAAAUCAAAAUAUAUUUUAUAUUUGAGAUUCUUCAAAUAGCCACCCUUUGCCUUGAUGACAGCUUUGCACACUCUUGGCAUUCUCUCAACCAGCUUGGAAUUUAUUUCCUUAAUGCUUUGAGCCAAUCAGUUGUGUUGUGACAAGGUAGGGGGGGUAUACAGAAGAUAGCCCCAUUUGGUAAAAGACCAAGUCCAUAUUAUGGCAAGAACAGCUCAAAUAAGCAAAGAGAAACGACAGUCCAUCAUUACUUUUAAGACAUGAAGGUCAGUCAAUACGGAACAUUUCAAGAACUUUGAAAGUUUCUUCAAGUGCAGUCACAAAAACCAUCAAGCGCUAUGAUGAAACUGGCUCUCAUGAGGACCGCCACAGGAAUGGAAGACCCAGAGUUACCUCUGCUGCAGAGGAUAAGUUCAUUACAGUUACCAGCCUCAGAAAUUGCAGCCCAAAUAAAUGCUUCACAGAGUUCAAGUCACAGACACAUCUCAACAUCAACUGUUCAGAGGGGACUGUGUGAAUCAGGCCUUCACGGUCGAAUUGCUGCAAAGAAACCACUACUAAAGGACACCAAUAAGAAGAAGAGACUUGCUUGGGCCAAGAAACACGAGCAAUGGACAUUAGACCGGUGGAAAUUUUUCCUUUGGUCUGGAGUCCAAACUGGAGAUUUUUGGUUCCAACCGCCGUGGCUUGGUGAGACGCGGAGUGGGUGAACGGAUGAUCUCCGCAUGUGUAUUUCCCACCAUAAAGCAUGGAGGAGGAGGUGUUAUGGUGUGGGGGUGCUUUGCUGGUGACACUGUCUGUGAUUUAUUUAGAAUUCAAGGCAUACUUAACCAGCAUGGCUACCACAGCAUUCUGCAGUGAUACGCCAUCCCAUCUGGUUUGGGCUUAGUGGGACUAUCAUUUGUUUUUCAACAGGACAAUGACCCAACACACCUCCAGGCUGUGUAAGGGCUAUUUUACCAAGAAGGAGAGUGAUGGAGUGCUGCAUCAGAUGACUUGGCCUCCACAAUCCCCCGACCUCAACCCAAUUGAGAUGGUUUGGGAUGUGUCGGACCGCAGAGUGAAGGAAAAGCAGCCAACAAGUGCUCAGCAUAUGUGGGAACUCCUUCAAGACUGUUGGAAAAGCAUUCGAGGUGAAGCUGGUUGAGAGAAUGCCAAGAAUGUGCAAAGCUGCAAUGAAAGCAAAGGGUGGCUAUUUGAAGAAUCUCAAAUAUAAAAUAUGUUCAUAUUUUUUAAAUACUUUGUUGUUUACUACGUGAUUCCAAAUGUGUCAUUUAAUAGUUUUGAUGUCUACAAUGUAGAAAAUAGUAAAAAUAAAGAAAACCCUUGAAUGAGUAGGUGUGUCCAAACUUUUGACUUGUACUGUACAUACAUACACACACACACUGCCCCUCACCUGUCACUUCUCACCUAUGACCUUGUAAUGGUACUGCUUUUGGAGUUCACAGUACUCUUCACUCUGUCCACUGGGCUGCAUGGGGUGGAAUGGGAACCCUACUCUCUCAACAAUGUGCCAGAUACUGCCUGCCUGAUACACUCCCUCUCACUGAAGACACUGUAUUUGUGUGUGUGUGUGUGUGUGUAUGCGUGCAUGUGUGUGCGUGCGUGCGUGUGUGUGCUCUCCCUCUGUGCAGUCCUCCGGAAAUGUGUGGUUGACUCAUGAAGAGAUGGAGAACCUGGCUUCCUCCACUAAAGCGGUCAGUGCCAUCUGGGUGGCCCCCUCCCCACCACACACUCAAAUACACACACACACUUCACACACACACUCUGCCCCGCUGAGCUACACAUAUGCCUGCUUCCGCAACCCCUCACCCCCAGCCUCCAAUAACUACAAAGUAUACUGCCUGCCUGCCUGUUUGUGCUUGGGUAAGCAUGUCUCUGGUGUGUCUGUAACAUAUUAGGCUCUGUUGUUUAGGUUGGUUAUUGAGUAUCCAUUUAUGCUGGUGUUGUGGUGUUGUGUUGUGUGGUGUUGUGUUGUGUGGUGUGGUGUUGUGUGGUGUUGUACUGUGUCAAACUGUGUCUUAUUGUGUUGAAUUGUGUCUCAGUAUUUGUUAGCAAAUUCUCUCAGUAACACAGUCUGGUACAGUUGAUCCAUCAAUGCUUACCUCUAUCCCUGGUCAGUUACAUUGGUGCGUGUUACAUUGAUCACUCAGUGUGUGUGUGAUUAGCAUUAACUGACUGUGUGUGUGUGUCUAACACUAUCUAUCAUGUCUCUGCCACGCUGUCAAUCACUCAGGAGAAUGAGGAGGGCAGCUGGGCUCAGGUGAGAUAACUCCUCCCACUAACACCUGCUGUUGUCAUAACGACCUAUACCUGUGCCAGGAUGCCAGGCGUUGUCACCAAGUCACAGGGAACACAGUCUCAGGCCACACACACACACACACACACACACACACACACACACACACACCUACACAUCUGGUUAGUCCACACACACAGACAAACCUCUCAAUUGUAUCUAAUCUGUGUCCCUCCUGACACACAGACUCUGGCGUACGGGGACAUGAACCAUGAGUGGAUAGGUAAUGAGUGGCUACCCAGCCUGGGUCUGCCUCAGUACCGCUCCUACUUCAUGGAGUGUCUGGUGGACGCUCGCAUGCUGGACCACCUCACCAAGAAAGACCUCCGCACACACCUCAAGAUGGUCGACAGCUUCCACAGGUCAGUCACCAUGGUAACCAGCCAGCCACCAUGGCAACAGCAGCCGUUGUUAGGAGUUACCAUGCCACAGCUUCAAUCUCAAUGUAGGAAAAUACACAUACAAGUGGUGAAAUGUGUCAUAUGUAUGUAUUCAAUUUGUGCAGUCAAUUGACAGUAAAUGUUGAAUUCAUUCUGACACUGAUGUGUGUGUGUGUGUGUGUGUGUGUACCAGGGCCAGUCUGCAGUAUGGGAUUAUGUGCUUGAAGAGACUCAAUUACGACAGAAAAGAUCUGGAACGUCGUAGAGAGGAGAGCAUGCACGACAUGAAAGGUAAACACACACACAGGACAUCAUUGCAGCUCACCAGUGAGAUCUCAAUUGUCUGUAGACAGAGCUCCAUAAGGUGGUGUAAGGCUGAACUGACUCAAGGUGGCUGAAUCUCUAUGUAUGGACCAGGCUGGUCACUAGAAAUAGCCUUUGAUUUCGCACUGGCGCGAACUCAUGAUGCUCGGAGGUGAAGCGCGCUGCUCUGACCACUGCGCCACGGCAGUUCACAAUGCUCUACCAAGCCAGGAGAUGACUUGAUGCGGGUUGUUUUAAAUUAUUUUGUUUUAAGCCUUCCCCAAACCAUAGCCCUAACUUUAAUCCCUUGGAAUUACAGUAAUACCUUAACUUAAUCCUUAACAGUUGUUUCUGUUUUAACCCUGUAACCACGCGUAAUUAAUGCGUCAGAAAUAGACAUUCAGCCAUAAUACGGCAAAUUUCUAAGUGAAGGUUGGUAUGGACAGCUGAGCCUUUUACUGCUACUGUAGCUCCACACACACACACACACACACACACACACACACACACACACACACACACACACACACACACACACACACACACACACACACACAGAGAGCCAGAUAAAACUUUGCCACCUUACGACCUUCAGCACUGCAUAUGAACUUGACUCAGCUGUCCUGUCACAUCAGAAGCCCCCCUCCCCCCUCCACACACACACACACACACACACACACAUACAGCUGUGUGGCAGCUGUGCUUAUUCAGAACAAAGGGGGUUUGCCUCCGAGUGUACACUAUUGAAGUGUGAAUGCAUUUGAUAUUACAGUAAAUAUAUCUAUCUGUAUAUGCACUGGUCUAUAUGUUGUGAUAGUAAUAUACCUCUCUCUGUCUGUCUUUCACCCUCUCUCUCUGUAGAUGCAUUAGUGUGGACCAAUGAGCAGGUGGUCCACUGGGUCCAGAGCAUAGGUCUGAAGGACUACAGUAACAACCUGAUGGAGAGUGGAGUCCACGGGGCUCUCAUCGCUGUGGACGAGACCUUCGACUACAGCAGCCUGGCUCUCAUACUGCAGAUCCCCAUGCAGAACACACAGGUACACACACACACACAACCUUGGUCGAGAGACUAGUGUUACCUAGGAGUGACGUCACCUGUUGGAAAACAAUUAUAGAUUUUAGAACCUUGUCUAUUCUCUCUGUAUCUAUAUGCUGUAUAUUUACAUUCACAUUUUAGUCAUUUAGUAGAUGCUCUUAUCCAGAGCGACUUACAGUUAGUGAGUGCAUACAUGUUCAUACUGGCCCCCCGUGGGAAACAAACCCACAGCCAUGCUCUACCAACUGAGCUACAGGGGACUGUGUGUGUGUGUGUGUGUGUGUGUGUGUGUGUGUGUGUGUGUGUGUGUGUGUGUGUGUGUGUGUGUGUGUGUGUGUGUGUGUGUGUGUGUGUGUGUGUGUGUGUGUGUGUGUGUGUGUGUGUGUGUGUGUGUGUGUGUGUGUGUGGUGUGUGUGCGUCCGUGGUGGUCGUGCGUGUGUGCGCUCCAGGCUCGGCAGGUUCUAGAGAGAGAGUUCAACAACGUCCUGGCCCUGGGCACCGAUCGCAGACUGGAAGAGGUGAGUCACCAGGAAAUACUGGACCCACAACUGUUUUUAGUUUUACCAUCUUCAUGGGAAAUAUGGAUCUGUUUCUGUAUUACCAUUUUGCUUGCGUACAAUAGUUUUUACAUUACUGUUUACGCUCUCUCUCUCUUUCUCUAUCUCUCUUUCUCUCUGUAGAGUGGGGAUGAUAAGACGUUCCGCCGCUCUCCAUCGUGGCGGAAGCGUUUCAGGGCGCGGGAGGGAGGGGGAGGGAUGGGCAUGAUGGCGGGCUCCAUGGAAACACUGCCCGCUGGGUUCCGUAUGCCCUCCAUGUCCAUGCCCCCGUCUAUGGCCCUGGUGCCCAAGAAACACCUGCAACCAGAAGGUGUGUGUGUGUGUGUGCGUGUGUGCGUGUGUUUGGAAGUGGGUACUGUAUUCAUAGUUGAAUGAAUUGCAGUCGUGUGGAUGUGAUGCGAGUGUGUUUGGCGAUUCGCUGACAAUUCAAGCACUAACAAUAACAGCCACUAAAUUAUUUCAUCUUAACGCUUGGUGUGUGUGAGGGUAUUCAUGCGUGUGUGUGCUGUUUUCUCUGCUUUGCCUGACUCACUGCACGCUGUCUCCUCUCUCUCCCGGUCUGCCACGCCCAUUUCUGCCACGCCCUGUCUAGCUCCUCCCCCGGCUCCCCAGAGACUCGACCCCUCUGCUGUACGGACGUACUCAUGCUAACUCCACUCCAUUUACUAACAGGAGAUAACGCUAACAGGUAAGACAACCUAGCAAUGCUAACAAAUGGCUAUGGCCAAGAGCCUUUUUCUGACAAGCAAUGCUAAUAAAAGGAUUAGGGAAUCCUCAUGCUAAUUCAACCCCAGUUACUAACAGAAGGGCUAACGCUAAGAGGUAAUGUUACAUUUAGGUAAGGUUCUAACCCAGUUCUAACCUAUUCUAACUUGAUAAGGGUGCUGCUUUAAACUACUGUAAAUGACUAAAUCCUACACCCUCUGCCUUUUUAUCUCUCUCUCCUUCCCUCUUUCUUUCUAUCUCUUUCAGUGCAUUCCCAUUACCUUUAUGGACACAUGCUUGCGGACCUUCGAGAGUAACAUGCCAAAUUUGGGAGAGAUCUGGACUUUAAGGGACCUGUAUCCAGCGUCACCUCUCACCUUCUCUCUGGGACAUGUGCAAUACAGAGGUGACCUCUGACCUUUUGACCUUUGAACUCUGAGCGUGCUCAUUGGCCGCGCUCGCUGCUGUAAAGGAGCCUCUGCCCAGUCUCUAUUCCCAGUAAACCCAGUACCCCCAGUAGCCUUGUUGUUGUGGUGUCGCGCUCCCGCUCCCUGGUCUAGUCCUAAUUCCUAAUCUGUGGGUUCUAGUCCUAAUUCCUAAUCUGUGGGUUCUAGUCUAACUCUACACUAACUCCUGGCUGUUUCAAUGACAAAUCCCACCUACAUGUUGCCCGCUCUCGGUUAUGCAAGGUAUUAAUCAUUUAUUGUCUCUCUCUGUAAAUAAAAUGGAUGACAUGUUUUUUUAAAUAAAUAUAUAUAAAUAUAUAUAUUGGAAUUAUAUAGGGAGAAUAUUAUAAUAUCAUUGCUGUAUGAAACCCAAUGCCCUGUAUUCAGUGGUGACUGUUCUCUGUGUGUGUUGGACCUCUGUGUGUCUUAUAUGCUGUCAGUGUCUGAAACGCCAGUUACAUGAGGGAUUCACUAAGCAGGGAGGGGUGUGUUACUCUAUGUGAAUACUACUACUAUGAUUCUCAGCCACAGGUUCAUGGGUCCAGAUCUAAACGCUUCAGUUAUCUUUCCUGCCUUUUAUCCCCUCCUUUCCUUCUCUCUUUUCCUAUCUCCUUUCCUCCUUCCCCAUCUCCUCUCCUCCUUCCUUUUCCUCUCCUCUUGUUUCCUCCUUUCCUUCCCUUAUUUGACACUAUGUAGCUACCAUGAGUAGAGUAGUUGAUCCUGUGGAUAUGAGAGGGUACAGUAUGAGCUGUGUGUGUAAAUGAAAGCAAUAGGCUCCUAUAUCUCGGACUUGAGGGAAACAGCAUGCUAUGAAAGCGAAACCCCAGACUAACCUUCAUGGAUGGAUGGUGUUGUUUUUCUCUACUUCGUUUCAAAUCAAACUGUAAAUUGCUGCUCGGCAUCAGCCAAAUGAAAUCCUCACAAACAGGUCACCUGACAGACAGUGAUGAUGCCAUAUAUGGACUGUUCCCCUGGCCCCUCCCCUUCCUGUCCAGUUGCCAUGGGGAUGUGAAAGUGGCCAAUGAUGGUGUCGACCACUAG